AUGUCGGAUGAAAAGCUACGUUUUCUUAUGGAUCGCCGAGCAGAGCUGGAUGCGAUGAUCGAACAGCAUGGAAUGGUGCUGAAAUCGAACAAUAUCGGCAUGCACGACCCGCUAGUCGAUAGCCAGGGGUUUCCGCUUCCGAACGUUGAUCAGUUUUGCGUUCGCCAAGCUCGCCAGUCAAUCAUUUGCCUUCAGAAUGAUCGGAAAUGGCUGAUGCAAGCGAUUGACAACGAAAUGGCUGUACUGUUCGAACAGAAACGAAAUGAUGCGGGAUUAAUCCCAACGCAGCAGCAUCCCCUGGUUGAGCCGAUGGAGGUGGACAAUCCAAUUAAUGAGUUGGAACCAUUCGCUGUGGUGUUAAACGUAGAGCCAGGCCAGCUUGCAGAACGUGUCGGCAUACAAACUGGCGACAUGAUUUUACAAAUCGGAACACUGACAGCGAAAAAUUUCAAGUUCCUGAGUCAAAUACAAAACAUAUUAGAACAAGCCCGGGGCCAAAUUAUUCGAUGUGUGAUACGCAAAGAGGCGACGGGUAACGAUGUCAAUUUGGAGUUAGAUUUCAGGACGGGUGAAAUCCGGAUGGGCAUAACGGCAAAAGGAGUAUAA